AUGAUUGCGACUGAGGAACAAAAUGUUGAACCUGGCUAUGACCAAAGGAUCAAAUAUCUUAAGGAUGCACGCGGCAAUGCGGAAUUGACACAGAAACUUAGGAAUGAUUUUGAUCCGUUUGAGUCACAUGUGGAAGAUUUCGAGAAACAAGGAUUGGAUAUUUCCCGCUCGGAACCUGCUACUUCGUCUAUUAGAGGACCUGUGGCUGCCCCUAGGAGAAUUUUGGCGGGGCGAGAAGGAGAAACCAACCAGUUCUCCCUUGCCCAUAAAAUGAGGAACCAGUGUAAGGAAAACGACGGGUUCAUUUAUCGCCUGCCAAAGAAGAUAGUGAUGGAAGAUGCCGAGUAUGGAGUAGCUAAAUAUGAAAUUGGCGACAGGGGAAACACUGAGGGAAUCGGAAAGGUGCUUAUGGUUGUUGGAGCCUCAAGAGCAGGAAAGAAAACCUUCAUCAAUGGAAUGGUGAAUUACUUAUACAAUGUGAAGUGGGAAGAUGACUUCCGUUUCAAGUUGAUCGAGGACAAAGGAAAGAAUUCGCAAGCAUACAGUCAGACCACGUGGAUCACGACAUAUGUUCUACACAAGCAAAAAGGAUUCGCUGUGCCAUUUACCUUGACAGUCAUCGACACCCCAAGUUUUGGAGAUACAGAAGAGAUCAAAGAGGACGAUGAACUAGCGAAUAAAAUUCGUGAAUUCUUAUCCCGUGCAGGAAAUAUCGUUUUUGGACGAUUGGAGCAGCUGCAGCAAGAAUAUGCAGCUUUGAAACAGCACGAAGCAGAAGCUGAAGCCAAUAUGGAUUUCGAAUACAAAGUGGUUCUCCAAAAGCAGAAAAAAGUCCGCUUGGGUCCAGGCGAAAAUGUUACAAACUGCCUGAUAUGCCACAUCAGCUGUCAUUAUCCUUGCCACGUCCCUAAGAACAAGGAAAAGGGUGGAUGUUCUGCUAUGAAUGAGACAAGGACACAUUGCAAAGUCUGUCCAGGAAAAUGUCCAGCAUCCGAACAUUGCAACAAUGAUUAUCGCUUGGAAUGGCAUCAAGAACAGGAGGUCAGGAGGUACACUGAAAUGAAGGUAAAGUACGAGAAAGUCCUUGGGAGGAAAAUGAAUUCUCAGGAGAUUGUACAGGUAUUCCUCAAGCAAUUCAAACAGGAGAAAAUCCACGCCCUAAGACUGACGAAGAGUGCUCAGGAGUGCAUGCAGAAACUCAAGAAAAUGGCUUUUCAACGCAAUCCUUUAGGACUCACUGAAUUUAUCGACGUCGUGACAGAGACUCCUAGUGAAAAAGAUCAAACUCGCCGAUGGAUGGAAAGUCACAAAGAUGCCCGAACCAUAUCAGAAAUGGCAGAGAAGCUGGAGGGAGAUUUUUAUCCAUUUGAUCCAUAA